AUGUUUGUGGAUGAGCGGAUUGUGACCCUGUUCAAAAGGAAUGCCCAUCAUACGCUGACCUACUGGAGCGUUUUCUUCAGCUUUGGACUCUGCAUUGCUUUUCUUGGACCCACAAUUUUGGACUUGCAGUGUCAAACAAACUCGACACUUAGUCAGAUCACCUGGGUGUUCUUCGCCCAGCAGUUCUGCUUGUUGAUUGGCAGCUCCAUUGGUGGCAUUUUCAAGAGGACGUUGUUCAGCGCUUUAGCUGCCUUGUUUGUUUCUGCUCUUAUCAUCUCUGUGAUAUUUGCCAUCAUCCCUGCGUGCAACAAUGUUCUCGUGCUGGCCAUUGCUAUGGCUGUGUCUGGUUUCGCAAUGGGCAUCAUUGACACCAUCGCCAACAUCCAACUGGUGACCAUCUAUCAGAAGGACUCUGCUGUUUUCUUACAGGCUCUUCACUUCUUCAUUGGGUUUGGUGCCCUGGUGAGCCCACUGAUUGCAGAUCCUUUCCUCUCAGAGACAGGCUGUGGGAAUCACACAGGGAACGGGACUGAGAUCAUACAUCAUUUCAGGAACAUGCUGAGAAACAGUCCGAUUGCAGAGCACAAUAUAACUCACAGCCACCUGUCCCAUGAGGGAGGGGAAGAGGAGUCCAGUGUGCACUACGCCUUCUGGAUCAUGGCACUUAUUAAUCUGCCUGUGCCCAUUGCAGUCCUAUUUCUAAUGUAUCGGGAGCAGCUGAUCCCAUGCUGCCCCAGUGGUACGCCACGUCUUUUGGACAAGGAUGAGCUGGCGAUGGAGAACCAGCAGGGGGCUGAGGGUCCAGACGUGGAGCAGAGGGAACAUGAAGCAGGAGGUCAUGGGAGUAUCUUUAGCUGCUGUCAGAAUGAUAACCUGCGCGGGCUGCCGGUAUCCUUCUUUAUGAUUCAUAUCCUCGGUGGCCUGGUGCUCUUUAUGACCGAUGGUAUUGUGGGGGCCUAUGCCGGCUUUGUGUACACCUACGCUGUGGCGUCGCCCAUCUCGUUGCCUCAUAAGACAGCAGGUUACCUGGCCAGUAUCUUUUGGGCGGCAAUCACUGCUGGACGUCUCUUAUCCAUACCUCUUUCAUAUCGUUUCCAGCCUGUGAGGCUGCUCAUGGUCAACCUGGCAGGAGCUAUUGUCACAGUGCUGAUGCUGCUUAUUUUCUACACCAGCAGCGUCUUUCUGUUUGUCGGGACCUGUUUAUGUGGGCUGUUCCUCAGCAGCAUAUUCCCCUGCAUGCUUGCCUAUACUGAAGACAUUCUUGAUUACCAGGGAUGCGCAACCUCAGUCCUGGUGACUAGUGCAGGGAUGGGAGAGAUGGUAAUGCAGGUUCUGGUUGGCUCAAUUAUUCAGUCUAAAGGCAGCUACAGCUUCCUGCUGUGCGGAAUGAUAGUCGGCUGCCUCGGCUUUAUCCUCUUCAUUGGCCUCCUGCUGUUCCAUCGAAUGCACAGAAAUUACCUCACAGGGACAUCGAAAAAGUCAGCCAUGGUGGAAGAACCGGCGGCGGAGCAGAAUGGGUCGGUUGUUUCAGAGAAGAUUAAACUUGAGGAGAAUAUGUGA